CUGGCGGCCGGGUCAGGACUGGCUUCUGGUCCUGGCUUCGGGUUAGUCUCGGGCCUCGGAGCGAGCCCCCGGGCAAGGUUCAGGUCGAUCCUAGAGCAUUGCGGUAGUCUUCGGGGUGGGCUGAGGUUGAAAGGGGCCCUAGAGGACACGUGGGGGAGCUUGCAGGGGCUUUGGGCCACCCUCCUCUCUGGGUCAUAGGUCACCGUAGCGCGGGGGAGAACUUCUUCCUUGUCGCCUCUUCUUACUUCCUGAUAACCUGAUAGAAGUCCCCCGCGGGCAGUCGAGGAGGGGAGACAAGUAACUUCAGGCAACUUCCCAGAGGUGACCAGCACCAUGUCCGGCCAGGUGGUGGGCAUCGAGCCUCUCUACAUCAAGGCAGAGCCAGCCAGCCCUGACAGUCCAAAGGGUUCCUCAGAGACUGAGACCGAACCCCCCGGGACCCUGGCCCCGGGGCCAGCUCCAGCCCGAUGCCUCCCAGGGCACAAGGAGGAAGAGGAUGGGGAGGGGGCAGGGUCUGGUGAGCAGGGCAGUGGGAAGCUAGUGCUCAGCUCUCUGCCCAAACGCCUCUGCCUGGUCUGUGGGGAUGUGGCCUCCGGCUACCACUACGGUGUGGCAUCCUGUGAGGCCUGCAAAGCCUUCUUCAAGAGGACCAUCCAGGGGAGCAUCGAGUACAGCUGUCCGGCCUCCAACGAGUGCGAGAUCACCAAGCGGAGACGCAAGGCCUGUCAGGCCUGCCGCUUCACCAAGUGCCUGCGGGUGGGCAUGCUCAAGGAGGGUGUGCGUCUGGACCGUGUCCGGGGUGGGCGACAGAAGUACAAGCGGAGGCCAGAGGUGGACCCAUUGCCUUUCCCAGGCCCCUUCCCUGCCGGUCCUCUGGCAGUAGCCGGAGGACCCCGGAAGACAGCCCCAGUGAACGCUUUGGUGUCUCAUCUGCUGGUGGUGGAGCCUGAGAAGCUGUAUGCCAUGCCUGACCCUGCAAGCCCUGACGGACACCUCCCCGCCGUGGCCACUCUCUGUGACCUUUUUGAUCGAGAGAUAGUGGUCACCAUCAGCUGGGCCAAGAGCAUCCCAGGCUUCUCCUCACUGUCACUGUCUGACCAGAUGUCAGUACUGCAGAGUGUGUGGAUGGAGGUGCUGGUGCUGGGUGUGGCCCAGCGCUCACUGCCACUGCAGGAUGAGCUGGCCUUUGCCGAGGACCUGGUCCUGGAUGAAGAGGGGGCGCGGGCAGCUGGUCUGGGGGAUCUGGGAGCAGCCUUGCUGCAGCUGGUACGGCGACUGCAAGCACUACGGCUGGAGCGGGAGGAGUACGUUCUGCUGAAAGCUCUGGCCCUUGCCAAUUCUGACUCUGUGCAUAUCGAAGAUGCUGAGGCUGUGGAGCAGCUGCGUGAAGCCCUGCACGAGGCCCUGCUGGAGUAUGAAGCUGGCCGGGCUGGCCCUGGAGGGGGUGCUGAGCGGAGGCGGGCGGGCAGGCUGCUGCUCACGCUGCCACUUCUCCGCCAGACAGCAGGCAAAGUCCUGGCCCAUUUCUAUGGGGUGAAGCUGGAGGGCAAGGUGCCCAUGCACAAGCUGUUUUUGGAAAUGCUUGAGGCCAUGAUGGACUAAGGCAAGGGGUGGGACAGGGUGGGGUAGCCGGCAGGAUCUGCCCUGCAUGGGGCGUUAGCCCCAGGGGGGCAAAGCUGGAGUCUGGGCAGUGCCACAGCCUGCUGGCAGGGCCAGGGCAAUGCCAUCCACCCCUGGGAGCAGGCUUCAGGCCCUCCCCUCCCCUCUCCCCUCGGGGG